AUGUCGGCUGAAGAUUCUUGGGUAUUUGAUUCCUUGGUUUGCUUUCUCCACGGACCCGUUUGGAAUGCACCAUUGCAAACCUUUAUCGAACAAAAAUCCCUUGUCUUCGAUCCCAAUCUUCAACUUGAUGAGAAUAAUCCGGACAUACAACAAAUUCAUGAGGAGUAUAAAAAUUUGGUCGACUAUAUGCUUGGUAGCUUCAUGGAGGAAAUGCAUAUAACCCCAGAACAAUUUGAAGUGGCCUGCAUGGAGGGUCGUCAGGCUCAGGGGGAUAAUCCCUUUCAGUUUCACCAGGUUCUCUUUCAGCAGAUAUGGGCGGCCAAUGAUUUAAAAAUAUUCAUACGCAUGAUGACGCAACGCAACGUGGAACUGCAACUACAGGCCUUGGAUCUCAUAGAAAAAAAUCAAUUGGCCCAUCUAGCCGGCACAGGCGAUGGCGAUAAUGCCAGUGCGACAGGCUCCGACCACGGCGAUGCAGCCGCUAGCAUCGAUGUGGACGAAUUGAUUGCCAAAACUGUUGCCGACGAGCUGGAAAGUCCUGAAGCGGCCUUAACGCCAGAGCAAGAACCCAAUAUCGAUUUGGUCAAUGACAAGUUUCAACGUUUAAAUUUGUUUUUCGAACAAGAGGAUAAGGUGGAUCCCAAUGAUGUGGUCUCGCGACAGGAAUACUUGCGCCAACAGCGAGAUAAAAUUGUUGAAAUAAAGAAACAAACGCGUGCCAAACAGCUUCAGGAUACAAUGGCACGCACUAGUCCACCAGAUGCAGGAGUUCGUCCGAGUUCUGCCCAGGUGGCCCAGCAAUUACUCGAGAAUGGUGGAAAGACAAUUGAUCUUACAAUGCCACCGCCAUUGGAAAGCGAGGAGAAUGCGGCUCUUCAGCUUCGCCGCACCUUGGCCAAGCGGCUUCGCAGCGAGGUUGUUGAGCACAAUUAG